AUGAAAGGAGCUUUUGAAUGUUUAAAUAUCCUUAUUUAAAAUUUAUACAAGUUUAAAUAGUAUGACUUAAAAUUAUAUGAAAAAAACGCUAUUGAUAUACUUGAUAUUAGCACUUUUAAUUAAUUUAAUGAUAUAAUAUUUUUUUACAAAAAUUCAUUAAUUGGCCCUAGUAAAGAAAAAUACAAAAAAGCAUGUACAGAAGAUAAAGAAAUGUUAAUGGAAUGUGUUUUAUUAAGCGACUGUUUUAAAAAGCAUUAAAAUUUCAGAUAUUGCGUUACAGAUGGAGUUGACAAAGAAUGCAAAGCUCUUAGAUAUGAUCAUUUUCUCUGUAGAAGAUCUUAAGUAUUUUGGCAAAAAAGUUUUUCAAGGGACGAUCCUCGCUGA